AAGUUUUACAGCCAUGUCAGUUGGCAGUCGGCAGCGAAACAACCGUGCGAAUUGUGCUUUCCUCUAGUGGUGCAGUGUAACACUGUUGGACCACAAUUAGCUAAAGCAAAAUUCAUAUUUUCUUUUAAAAUAAUAUUUUUAUCCAGCUACAGUUGACGGAAAAGCAGGCAAAUAUAAAUAUUGCUUGCGUAUGAUCGGUAAAAAAAAGAAGAGUCGCAAGACGCCAGCGGCGUUGACGGCGACGUUCACAAACGAACUUGUACAGGCCAAACUGCGCUGUGGAAAAUCAUAUAAAAAAUAUUUUAUAGAAUAUUCGUAUAAUAAAUUUAAAUUGUCAGCGUUAAAUAAAACAAUAAAAAUAUAAUAAUAAAAACUACGAGAAAUAUAAUAAAAAUUCAACUGAAAUUCAAUUGACGUACGGUGGUGUUGUUUGUUGGAGGCACUCUUGGAGCUGUUAGGCAAGCAAUAACUCUAACAACAUCAGCGACGACUGAGUCAACAGUAACGACAACGACGACAGCAACGUUGCGACUAGCUGCUAUACCAAACUACUUGUAAUAGCCAAGGCAAUAACAAUAGCAACAGUGUACCAGUAGUGUCAGCGGCGUUGGCGUUGACGGUGGCAGCGAGCGUAGACGCAGCAGCGGCGUAGCUGUGACUGUGGCGACAACGUUCUUUGUAACAAGCUCGUGGAUUUGUUGUUUUUGUUGAAAACAUUUAUCGAUCACGCGUCGAACGAAACGGAGCAUUCGCUCGGCUAACACACAUUUGUAUAAUGUAAUAUGGUUGUAUAAAACAAAAAUAAAUAAAAAUUAAAUAUUCAUUGUCAAAAGGCAAAACGGAAACUUUGCGGUCGCGUCGAACAAAACGGAAAAUCGAAAAAUAGCAAAAUACCACAAAAACAAAACGGUGCUAAACGCUAACACACUGUAGUCGACACGCGGAAAAUGAGCUAUUAAAGUGCAUAUAACGAGAAAAGGCAGCGGAAGGCAAAAGGAAAAAUACAAAUUAAUGCAUUUUGCAAAUUUCUAAUGUGAUGCUAUUUAUGUAUGCAUGUAAAUGCAAUACAUUUUGACGAAUUUUAACUAACUAGCACACCUGCAAACCAACAAGACACGUCCACAACUCAAGCACUGAAAUAAAAAAUAAUAAAGAAUAGCAUUGGUACAACACCUAGAACCACAACAACAAUAACAUUUUCGUCGCUUUACGCAUUUAAACUUGAACUAAAAUUUCUAUUGAAAAUCCUUAACACGUUGCAAGUACAAAACUCAAGCAGUUGAAGAGCAAGGUUGAAAGGAAGACAGUAUAUUUUAUUGCAGCAAAGAGAAAAAAAAUACCAACACGUUGAAUGCACAAAAGCCAAAGGUAAAGAGUGUUAACGGUUCCGUGCAUUUUCAUUUGCUGUCAAUGCAAAUUGAAGAGGAAAAUAACAAAAAUAGCAAACAAAAACAACAAAAUUAAAAAGAGACAAAAGUUAAAACAAAAAAUUAGAAAAUAAUAUAUGCGAAACAAAAAACAACAACGGCAAAAGUGCAGAUACGCCCCUGUGUUUAAGUAUUUCAAUAAUAAGAAAAACAAUAACAAAGCGCAUAUUAUAAACACAACUAGCAGCGCGCAAGCAGCUGAGCAGAAUCAAAAGCGUGGAUAAAUGAAAAAUAAAUACUCAAAAAGUUACAUAUAAUCAAAAAAAAAACAAGAAGAAGACCACAGAGCAGCAAAUUACAGCUGGUGCUGCAUAUUGGAGAGCAAAUAAUAGGAAAAAGUUCUAAAAAAAAAAGCGCUUUUGAGGAAAAGCGGCAAAGUGUAACAAAGAAAAUGAUCAUGUACACACCCACCCAUAUAUGCGUAUAAACAAAAGCGUGUAGAAAAUAAGCUAUAUAUUAUAGGCGUUAAAACGCUUGGAGAAUAUAUUUAUUAAAAUACAAGCAAUAUUACAAUUUACUACGCAGCAAAAAGCACUGAUUUCAUUUAAAAGCGAAAAACUAAAAGUUCAAAAUAAAUGAAAUUUUAGGUAUAACGGUACACAAGCCAAUUGCGUUACUCGCUGAAUAUUCAACUCAAAUUUACGUGAUUUUACAAAGUAGCAAGUAAAAACAAUUUUUUGAAUAUAUUUCAUUAUAAAUUUUUGGCCACAUAAAUGACACUUUAAUUGAAAACGCGCUUUUUUCUUUAGCUUUGCUUUGUAAAUUUAUACAAAACAUGUGUAUAUACAUAUAUAUUUAAAAAUAGAGAACAAUAAAGAUAAGAAAAAUUAAACAGUUUAGUGUUACCUGAAUUGUUGAAAAUUCUCGUUGAGCAACGCUACUCCGGUAGCACAAACAAUUUAAUAAAUACAAAUAAAUUGCUCAAGUGCAUUGCAUAGUAACUGCAGCGCAUAACAAAACCAACAUACGAACAUAUAGCCAAAGCGUAUAAAACAAAAACAUCAUUGAAAUAAAACAAAACACACACAACAAAAAGUGUCAUUCCUUUCGAUAACGUCAACAAAACAAAGUGCAAAAGAAUAUCAAGAAAUUAUCAAAUAAAUAAUAUCAAUAGCAACAAAAAUUUAUAGCUAAACGCGCUCUCACACUCACGCCGCGUGAAACUAACAAGCAAGAGCGAAUUGCUGAGCGCACAUUCUACAACGAAACUGUCAUACAUUCGUCGCUCGCAUUACGCUCGCCGCUCAGUCACCCUUGAAGGCGAAUUACAGCGACUACUAUUGCCACUGAGACACACACUCAUCAUCAGAGCACACGGCAGUUGUGCCGCGCGUUUUUGCCGUAGUCAUCAUUGCCAAUAGUAUACACGGAGAGCAGAGAGCAUAGUGUUAGUGUUGUAGCGGCCUACCACCCAUCAACCGACCGACAAGCCAACCAAGUAACUAACAGCGCGAGCGAACAAACGUGCAGAGUUAAUGUGUGACAGCGACGAGUCAGCCAACCGUCAGCAGUUAGCACAACAGUCUGUGCGAAGAUAAAGCUUAAACAGUGCCGAAAUCCAAAAGGAAGAAAUUCUUAAAUUAAUAUUGAACUUUGCUGAACCGCGACAAUUGACCAUCAAUAAUCGCGGUGGUCGCAAGUUCUCGAGCGCACUUACAAUAAGAAUUAAAAUAAAACAUUAAGUUAAAAUAAUAAAAAAUAAAAAAAUACGCACAUUAAUAUAAAACAACAAAAAUAUUCGCACUAUAACCGUACGUGGUAGAGAAAAAAGUGAAAGUCAAAGUAAAAGGAGAAAGGGACGAAAAAGCGUGUAGGGUAGUUGACAAGAAUAAAGGCAGCAAACCAAAAUUUAUGUUACGAGUGGUGAAGAACGGCAAGCCGCAAGCGAACAAGAUAAAUAACUUUUGAAGUGCAACCACGGCUACAAAGUGAAAUAAAAUACUUAAAAGGGACACUAAAAACAUAAAAGAAAUAGCAUAAGUGAAGUUAUUAAGUUGAAAUAAAAAAACACCUAACAGCUACCUAACUUCGUUAGAAUACGACACCUAACCUCUAACUCUAUAACAAUAAGAAAAACUAGUAUUAAAAAUAAAAUUAUGGGUGAUACAAAUGCGCUGGGUUCCGGCACGCGUCUACGUAAAUUCGAUCGUACAGACAGUGAGGUUGCAUGUGAAGAAGCCGCGCGCCUUACCGCCGACCUGCAGGAAGGCACCGUCAGUCCGGACGAUGAGGAUGAUCUCAGCGAAUAUGGCGAGCUGCCACCACCGCCAGACGGCGGUUACGGUUGGGUCAUCUGCUUUGCGUCGUUUAUGUGCAACAUGAUUGUGGACGGUAUCGCGUACACGUUCGGUAUAUUCCUUGGUGAAUUCGUCGAUUACUUUGGUGAAGGCAAAGGCAAGGUGGCCUGGGUAGGCAGCUUACUUAGUGGUGUUUAUCUGAGCGCUGGUCCGAUUGUGUCCGCGUUAGCGAAUAAAUAUGGUUGUCGUGCAGUAUGCAUUGCGGGUAGCGUUGUGGGUUGUAUUGCAUUCGUACUAAGCACGAUGAGCACGUCCAUUAAUAUGCUGAUGCUAACAUAUGGUGUAAUCGGCGGUUUCGGCUUCGGUAUGAUUUACCUGCCUGCAGUUGUGGCUGUCGGUUAUUAUUUUGAAACUAAACGCUCACUGGCCACUGGUAUUGCUGUAUGUGGCUCCGGUUUCGGCACGUUCGCCUUCGCGCCAUUAGCUACGUAUUUGUUGCAGUUGUAUGGCUGGAAGAAUGCACUACUCAUCUUCGCGGGUCUCAUUUUGAAUUGUGCCAUAUUUGGCGCUAUGAUGCGUCCACUCACCUACCCCAAAAAGAAGAAGGUUAAACCGCUCAUGCAGCGUAUGUACGAGGAGAAGCAAUUGCAAUUGGAACGUGGUUCAAUUGCUGGUUCACAUUUCAUGGUACAGCUGCCGGACGGCACCAUGGAGCGUAAACUGAAGAUGCCACUCAAUGCCGAUCCCGGUGUGCACUCUAGUCUCAAUUUGGAAUUGCUCGCCCAACAGGGUUCAUUACAUCCCGUCUCAACACUACCAACUAUAACCGAAGCAAAAGUGGUCGAAUAUCAAACUGGCGCACAAAGUCCACCCACUGUCGAUAGCAAUGGUCAAUUGGAUGUGAAGCGUAGCGGUAGGCGUUCACAUCGUAAUUCGGAAACCGAGACCAGUCCUUACAACUCUGUGGAUGCAAUGACACGCAAUGCCUCACAGCCCGCCUUUAUGGCAGACCAUCAAAGUCUUCCAAAGAAUGGUUCGGUGCCUUCUUUUAAUCGGGUACGCAAGACGUCAGCCAGCGAACGUUUCCAGCCAUCCUUAGCCGCCAUACGUGCAUCAUCGCGCGGCGAUCUCGACAGCAAUGGUGUUGAAAUGGGUUUUACAUCGUCGAAAAUAUCGCUCUCACAAAGUCAGUCCAGUGGCAAAAUGGUACGUCCAAUGUCACGUAAAGACAUCUUCUACUCCGGAUCUGUGACAAAUCUGCCACAAUACCAGUCGCAAAAAUCGCUCACGAAUUAUCGUAACUCCGUACUAUCGUUAACCAAAUAUGAAAAGAGCAUGCAAAGUGUACGUGUACAUGAUCCGUUGGCUGAAGCUGAAAAAGGACGUGGACAAUACGAUCUUUGUCCCUGUCUCACCAUACCAGACUCCAUUAAAUCCGUAUUCAAUACAAUGUUGGACGUCAGCUUAUUGAAGGAUCCAGUUUUUAUGCUUAUCGGCGUCUCCAAUAUAUUCGGCAUGGCCGGUUUGUACGUGCCAUUUGUGUAUCUCGUGGAUGCGGCUAAAAAAGACGGCAUCGAAGAUAGUUCAGCAUCAUUUCUACUCUCAAUUAUCGGCAUAACAAACACAUUCGGCAGGGUAAUUUGCGGGUAUGUGGCCGAUUUCCCCAAAGUCGAUUCACUGUUUCUCAACAACGUUUGUCUACUCAUUUCCACUGUGGCCGUUACAUUAACACCGCUUUGCUCUACCUACGGGGCCUACGUGACUAUGUCCAUUUUCUUCGGUAUCGCCAUCUCCGGUUACAUUUCACUUACGUCAAUUAUACUCGUAGAUCUAUUGGGACUGGACAGGCUCACCAACGCCUUCGGAUUGCUUAUUUUAUUCAGAGGUUUUGCCGCCAUCAUUGGAUCGCCAUUAGCCGGCGCUGUUUACGAUGCAACACAAAGCUACGAUUUGCCAUUCUAUAUGGCGGGCGGUUUAUUUGCGCUAUCCACGAUCACCAGCUUCAUGGCGCCAUGUCUAAAACGUUGCACCACCUCCGAUGAAACACCAAUGCAGAUUGAUACGCUCACACCAAUCGACGAAGAGCAAGGUGAAGAGGUGGAGGAUGAAGAGGAUCAGCCCAUAACGAUUGUACCGAAAAUUGUGAAAACCCUACCCAGUCCACAACACGAGGAGACGGACAGAGGAUUUCCAAAUGAAGCAAACAAAAGUGGCGCCGAAUCGAAGUUAUAAAGUGGUAAAUCGUACAACCAAGCGCUCACUGGGCGUUGGAAUAUUUUGUUGAAAUUUUUGUUUUUGCGGUAGUAGAUUAGCCAUAUAAAGUAAAGUAUGGGUGUUACAGGAGCGUAACACACACACACACACACAAUUGCGAAUGUGUGCGCUGUCAAGACUACAAAAAACCAGAGCGAUAUUUUUUUAAAUAACUAACCAUUAUUAAGCUUAAAAAAUGAAAAAUCAAUUAUAACAGUAAUAAAAAAACAACAACAAAUAAUCGCAGAACUUAUUCUAUAUUUAAACUAAUUUUAAAAUGCAUACAUACAUACACAAUACACGCAAACACACAAAUUUAAAAGUCUAGCUUUCUAGCUAAUUAAUAAUUUAUUAUAUAUAAUACUAAUUAAAAUAGCUAAACGAAACAAUAAGCUCGCAAUAUAGCUAAAGAGUUGGGUUAUAAGUAAAGAUCUAUAAUUCGAAGCACACAAGCGCAUAGAGUUCGUAAUCUAAGCAAAAUGUACCAAAAAAGUCGAACCAAACAAACAAGCAAACAAAAAAUUAUUAUUGUACUGUAGAUAUACUGAAAUGUACGCAAGAUUUUAAUGUGAAUGCAAAACGUAAAAUGUUAAACAAUUAUUAUUUGUUGUUAUGAAAACUUCUGCGUUAUUAUAUACAUACAUAUAUAAAUUUGAAUUUGUAAGACAAUGCAAUUUGUAAAAUGUGUAAGAGAUUAGAAAAGCGAGCUUUGGUGGAAAUUCAUACAACUCGCAUAAAAUCCUUUAUAAUCGGUAAUGUACUUGAAACUUACAUAUGUGUAUAGUGCUAGGCAUACUAAAAUAUGUAAAAUAUGUAGUAAACGAGAGUGAAUGUGAUUGUGAAGCGAAAAUAUAGUAUUGUUUACAAAUCAACUCAAAACUCUAUAUACGUUAAUGUGUAAAUAUUUUCGAUUCGAUGAAACAAUAAAAAAAAAACACUGUUAACUCGUUACAAACGAUGUUUGAUGUAUUGUAUAUAAAUAUGUACAAUAAUAACAUAUGUCUAUAUAAUCAGUUAGUUAUUAAUGCUCUUAGGCAUAGACACAAAUAUGUAUAAUUUUCUUUUUAGAAUUUCACUUAACGCGCCUUCUUUUUCAGCUAUAUUUUGAUAUAUAUUGCGAAGUGCUCAAAUCGAAAAGCGUUUCACGCAUGUGAAAGAGGAAUUUUUUAAGCGUACAAUGCAACCUGAGCGGAAGGGUAUUAACCUCAGUGCGAAUUGUCAACUAAUUCUUACGUAUAUAUAUUUUUAUUUAAGCCGUUUUAAUUGCGUUAUGCAAUUGAAAAAAAGGAAUUAAAAAAUAUAAUAUAAUAAACGAAAUAUAUAUACAUAUACAUAGUAUAGAGUAUAUGUAUAUGCAAAAAGCAACAAUGUGAAGCAACAGAAUCAAUAAGCACAGCGUUUAAGCUGGCAACCAAUUCUAGGCAUGCCUAUAUACACUACUAAUUAUAAUAGAGCAUAAUAAAUAUAAUACAUACAUACGUGUGUAUAAUUAAUUAGGUAUAUAAAAGCUAGAAAAGCAUGUUGAAAUUGGAAAAUGUACAAAGCACACAGUUAUGAUAAAAACAAAAAUGGGAAAAUUCGACAUACAUAUAAGAACUUGUUAUUACUAGUAUUAUUUAGAAGAUGGAAAAUAAACGAAAAUUGAUAAAGAAAACGAUUGAUUUCAUAUUAUUUGUGUUAUGCCAUUGUAUGAAUUUGUGCAAAUGGAUGUCCAUAAUUUUUGCAAAUUAAUGAAUAAAAAAUUUAAAAAAUUGCUAAUAAAAACUAGUGCAGCAAUUUUUUUUUGUGACGCAUAAAAUACUGUGACAUAUACAUAUAUAUAUGAAAAUAAAUUGUAUAAUAUACAACAAUGCAUGAAUUGCCAAGAAA